AUGGACAAUAUCCUCGCUCCGAUCCAGGACGCUUUCGAAGGCCAAAUCGACUUUCACGGCCAACAUCUCGCGGAGACCCUCUCAACAAUUCUCCUCAUCAUAUCCGGGAUCACGGCCUUCAUCGUCGGCUACGUCCAACAAGACAUCUACCUCACACUCUGGAUCGGACUCGCGGGCACCGCGUUCACAGGACUCGUUGUAAUUCCGCCGUGGCCGUUCUACAAUAGGAAUCCAGAGAAGUGGCUCAAUUCUACGGGCAGUAAUCGGAGUACAACCUCUCCGGAAAUCAAUGUGCCGGGUAUUGUUGUCGAUGGAGUCAAGGUUGGAUAG